AUGCCUGCGUUAAAAAAAUAAACGGACCCAACAUACACCAUCGACUAGUUAUUUAAAGCGAUUGUUGUGGAGGCUUGGUUGCACCCCUCUAUUCGAAGCUAUCCGUCGUUGAAGAUCUGUCUGGUCAUACAGCGUGUGCUGGACCUGUGAAGUGAGAAUGGACCCGCGGAAAGUGCAUGAGUUGAAGGCCUUCGUGAAGUUGUGCGACGAAAAUCCCUCCAUAUUGCACCUUCCCGAGCUCGGCUUCCUCCGGGCCUGGUUGCAAGGAUUGGGAGCUACAAUUCCACAAGCCCCCCAAAAUGACUCUUCAUGCAAGGGUGGGUGUCCAUGUGCUGGAGCUCCUCCCCCUGCCUCUGCUCCUGAGCCCCAUGCCCCCUCUGAGAGUGAGGAGAGUGAACUAGAGAUCGACCAAGAUGGGGUGAUUGAGCCAGACACAGACGAACCUCAGGAGAUGGGAGACUUUGAAAAUCUGGAGGUGACAGAGGAAAUGAUGGACCAGGCCAACGAGAAGAAGAUGGAAGCUAUCGAAGCGUUAGGAGAAGGUGACUUGCAGAAAGCCCUGGACCUCUUCACUGAAGCCAUCAAACUCAAUCCACGGGUAGCUAUCAUGUAUGCCAAGAGGGCAAGCGUCUACAUCCGGAUGCAGAAACCCAAUGCAGCUAAGCGGGACUGCGACAGAGCCAUUGACAUCAACCCAGAUUCUGCACAGCCCUACAAGUGGAGGGGGAAAGCUCACAAGUUGCUGGGGCACUGGGAGGAGGCAGCGAAGGACCUGGCCACUGCCUGCAAACUGGACUACGACGAUGACGCCAGCACCAUGCUGAAAGAGGUCCAGCCCAAGGCUAACAAAAUCAUUGAGCACCGGCGCAAGUAUGAGCGCAAGCGGGAGGAGCGAGAGAUCAAGGACAGGAAGGAGAGGGUAAAGAAAGCAAGGGAAGAGCAUGAGAAGGCUCAGAGGGAGGAGGAGGCUAGACAAGCAGCAGGAGGAGGUGGCUUCCCAGGAUUCCCAGGUCGUGCUGGCGGUUUCCCAGGUGGUGCUGGCGGUUUCCCAGGUGGUGCUGGCGGUUUCCCAGGUGGGGCUGGAGGCGGUUUCCCAGGUGGGGCUGGUGGCGGUUUCCCAGGUGGGGCUGGUGGCGGUUUCCCAGGUGGGGCUGGUGGCGGUUUCCCAGGUGGGGCUGGUGGCGGUUUCCCAGGUGGGGCUGGAGGCUCUCCUUUCGGCAUGCCUGGUCUGGGAGAGCUCUUUAACGAUCCGGAGGUGCUCAACGCCAUGAAGGACCCUGAGGUGAUGGCAGCUUUCCAGGACGUGGCUCAGAACCCAGCUAACAUCGCCAAGUACCAGGGUAACCCCAAGGUCAUGGCCCUCAUCACUAAGCUGAGCUCCAAGUUUGGGAGCCCUUCGCCCUAGAGGAGAGGAGGUGACGAAAUGAGGGGCGAUUAAAAAGAGGGGAGCGGGAAGAAGAACGAGUGGCGGGAGAGUAGCAAAUGGAUGUAGUCAGGUGUCGGGAGAGCUUAAAAGCUUAUUUGAGAUGAUUCCACUGUGUAUGGAUCAAAUGGGUAAUGUUGAUGGGCAAAUGGGUAAAGAGGAGACUAGAGGCAUGCAGUAAGUUUUACACUAGACAAGGGGGGGGUCAACAGCAACUCUUAUACUGUAUGUUCUUAAAUGGAGCCCACCUAUUCGGGGCUGUUAGCAUUUAGUGGUUACUCAAGCCAACUCAUGGACACUGAUGGGAGCACUACUGGUUAAUGAUGGAAUCAAAACAGCCUGUCAGAGCCUUCUCAUUCAGAAUAACCCAUUGACUCCACUCUUCCCACCCACCCCAUCCCUUGUUUUUUUACCUGAAUCUGGAAUAGUCAAACAGGACUCACACAUUAGACACCAGCGCAGAGGAACAUUUUAGAGACAUUAUUAUAUGGAGUUGUCAUCUUCUGUGUUCUCUACUGAGCCAACCAAAACAAUGGCUGUUUGUCUUCUAUCAGGAGUGGAUGUGGUAAAGCUAUUUCCCUCAGGUUUUCUGUUUUACUCACCUUCACUGUAACGUACAUUUUUUUCAUGUCUGACUCUCCUUCCAAAUGCAAGUAAAAAAAAAAAAAGUAAUAUUACUAUUUUGUUUGAUUUUGAAACCGUAAUGGAAAUAUCAAUUCAAAUCAAUAAAUAUUUGGUUGUUGCAAA